AUGGGUGGUUCAACAUCAACAGCUCGUGGGGAGACACUGUUGUUCUCUCCAGAGGCCAUCCGAGGUAUUGUCCCUGUGAACUGUGUGUGUGCGUGGCAGAGGCGCUCAUUGGGUCCUCAGAUCUCUGUCGCCCUGGAUUUUCUUGUUUUAUGUGUAUGGCCUCUCCUCUGUCUGCGGCGCAUUGGUGGUUCAUUAUCACCAGCUCGUGGGGAGUCGUUUCCCUGGAGGAACUGCCGCUGCAUCCAAAUCAGCUCAAAGCUCCCAUCCGGUACAGCAUUGCUCGACCAGCUGUCCCUUGAUCUUCCCAACGGACUGCCCAAGAGCCAGCAGCUCGUGGAUGUUUCGAUGGUGAUCCUCCCAUCCUUACGGGAGAGCUGUUGCAACACUGAAGUGGCUCUGGAUAUCAACAACUUCUCUCUCGGCGUGGAUGACAACGAUGUAAUCAUCAACACCAAGGCUCUAGGAUUCUACCCAUACCGCUUCAAGCUUCAUAUUAGUCCACAGCUUGGCCAGAUGGAAAACUCUGCCAUUGCUAUCUAUGACUACAAUUUCCAUGACGGUGCUCGUGCUAAAGCCAACUCCAGCACUCUCACCACUCUCACCAAGAACAGCGAAGGUGAGAUUGGAGCUCGACUUGAUUUAUGGCCGGUAUCGUUCAUAUUAAAGAAGAAGUGGGGGCAGUCACUCCAAGAGCCAAUGGAAUACGAGUCCAUCAGUGUUGGAGCUCCAGGGAACACGGCAGAAAUCGAGUGGAAAUUACUUCGCUGGAAUCACAAUGGGAAGAAGUAUAAUCCAUCCAAACCAUACUUCGAGCCGCCUUUCCGAGGAGGACGAACAAAAAUCAACGUGGAAGACUUUCCUGUUAUUGUGUGGCAUCUGCCUGCGAGCACGGCGUCCAAGUUUCAGCUCGGGUUCAACAUUCGUCUGGAGGCCGACAUGCAUCUCCUCUGGUACGAGAGAAGCAGCUGGACGUGCCCAAAAGCCAAGAAGUACAUCAGCAAGAGAGUCGAAUUUUCCCAUGAGUUUGUGGGCGCGAUGAAUUUUGAUAAUUUUUUUUUAAAAAAAAUAAAAAAUUAA